AUGACAUCAGGGUUGGGUUUUGCUCUUCUAGCAUUGAUCCUGUCAGGGCCCACAGCGGCCUUUGUCCCCAUCGGUGGUGUGGCAUCUACCCAUAUCAGUAUUACAGGAGCCGCACUGUUGCAAAAAGUAAUGGAAACAUGUCAGUCACUGGCUGAGGCUGCUGGUCAUGAGUUCAAACCCACGGGUUCUUCUCCUGGGGAGCUGGUCCAGGCCUGUCUUGGCCCAACAGCUUCGGGGGAGGUGUCAGGAGUAAAGUUUCACUCGGCUCUCCAAGAGAUCUAUACCCAAAAUGGACUUGUAGAUCGUAAUUUUGUCAACAGUGCUCCACAUCAUUUCAAUUCAGAAAAAUUUUUGGAGGGGCGUAAUCUCAUUACAGACGGUUUGGCAUCUAUCAAAGCUAAUGUUCGUGUUGAGAACUUCAAGUCUGCCAGGGAAACACUGGGUAAAAUUCUCCAUACACUACAGGACUUCUAUAGCCACAGUAACUGGGUUGAGUUAGGUUACACAAAACCAUAUGCUGCUCUCAUACGCCGUGACCUUCCCUUGGAAAACCUGGCAGACAUUGAUACUGCCACUUGCAGUGACUGCUGCAUUGGAGGGUGCCACAACACAAUUCUUCAAAAUAUCCUGAAUGAGAAGAAGCUAACUUCUGGUUACAUGGGAAUCUUUUCUGCUGACAAGCCUGAAGGUAAAUGUAGCCAUGGAGGUCAAGCUGAUCUCACAAGCACAGUAGCUCCUCGAGGAGGAAUCAACAAGGAUGAGAGUCGCGCUGACAACGCGGCCUUCCACGAUGUGGCUGUAAAUGCAGCCACAGUCGCAAGCCUCCAGCUGCUGGAGGACAUCCGAUUGACAGUGGGCAACAAUGACUUCCUAAGAUUGAUGGGAAUCGCCCGUUCCUCUGUUGUUUGUUUUGUCAUUGACAAUACUGCCAGUAUGUCAGAUGACAUUGAUGAGGCCAGAAAAGUUGUAUACAAAAUAAUUGACAGCAAAAAGGGAACACAAGAUGAGCCAUCUGAGUACAUUUUGGUAACCUUCAAUGACCCAUCAUUUGGACCAUUAUUCAGGACAACAGACCCUGAAAAAAUGAAAACAGAAAUUUCAAAGAUAGAAGCAACGGGAGGUGGUGACCUCCCUGAAAUGUGCUUGUCAGGACUUCAGUUGGCUCUCACCGGUUCUCCUGCCUCCUCCCACAUCUAUGUUUUCACAGAUGCAACAGCAAAAGACAUCAACUUGAAAAAUACCAUUGUGGCCCUCAUCAGAAGCACCAAGUCAACAGUCUCAUUCUAUAUCACUCCAAGCAGAAGACGCCAGCGUCGUUCUGUCAGGACUGCUUCCUUUGAUGACUACCGGGACUUGGCUUUGGCUUCAGGAGGCCAGGCUAUACAUGUGUCCAAGAGUCAAUUGGCUCAAGCCACAGACGUCAUUCUUGAUACCUCCACUUCAGCUUUGGUGACAGUUUAUCAGAGGACAAGGGAUCCUGGGAAGCCAGAGACUUUCCCUUUUGUGUUGGAUGAAUCUCUACAGAACAUCACUAUCUACAUAACAGGAUCAUCUAUAGCUUUUACAUUGACCAACCCUGAAGGCAUUAGCCAAAGUAAUACUGAAACCACUGGUGCACUGGCAUUCAUACAGACAGUGGGUAACCUAAGGAGAAUUCGUAUUAAAGCAGACAAACAGCCAGGCUCUUGGAAAAUCAGCAUCAACUCAAAACAACCAUACACAAUUAAAGUAACAGGUCAAAGUAUAAUUACCUUUAUCUAUGACUUUGUGGAGAACUUUAAGGGACCUCACCCAGGUUAUGCAGUGCUCAGUGGGCUUCCACAAGCUGGCCAGCCAGCCACUUUGAUCCUCGGGGUCAUGGGAAGAAAAGGUCCAUCCUCCAUCAGUGUAGAAAAUGUGAGCCUUGUAGUGCCCAACACUGGAGCUGAAAGUAAUGGUAUAGCAACUGAAAUGGGCAACGGCGAUAUACUGGUGACUUUUGCUGCGGUGCCUGCUGGGGAGUUUGUGGUCACACUGAAAGGAACUGACAAGGUGUCAGGCAAUGUGUUACAGAGGCAAUCUACUACUCAGUUGUCUGUCUCCAAAGUAAACAUCCAGGCCCUGGUGGACAGGAGUGUGGAGCCUGGGGAACACUUUAACCUACCUUUCAGUGUUAUGACACAAGGCCCAGGUGGUACAUUUUCUAUCAGUGGAAAAAAUGACAGAGGAUUCCCAAUGUUGUACCCAUUGAGCCUCACCCUGACAACUGGAGCAUAUACAAAUGGAGUCCUAACCAUUACGCCACCUUCUAACACAUCAUCAGGCACUGACGUCACUGUGACUUUAGAAGCCAAAUCACCCAAUAAUGUUGACUCCAAUUACGCUGUUCUGAGAUUAUCUGUUCUUACUAAGAUUACAGAUUUUGUGCAGCCUGUGUGCGAGGUGAUAAAUGUAUUAUCUGAUGACUGUCCCCAAGAUAUCUCUCAGUGUAAAUUUUUCGAGUGGGAGCUGUCCGCCAACCUGACUGAUGGAAAUGGAACGGGAAUAGAAAGAAUUUCCCUCAGACAAGGCAAUGGAACUUUAUCAUACACCUCACUGAGCGCCAAGAGUAUUCAGGCGAGCUACAACGCCUCCUGCUGCUCACAAAUUGUUGAAUUUGUAGCUAUUGAUGAAGUUGGCAACGUUGGGAAGUGCUAUCACUCUAUUCAACGAUCUGCUGGCAAUGCCAUUUCAAGUUCAUCUUUUCUUUCUUUGGGAUUGUGCCUUUUGAUAUCUGGGUGGAAUCUUGACGGCAUCCCCUUACUACUGGUGUCCACUAGUGGGGUUCAGGGGUUUGCCCCAACGACAGGCACCAACCACCUUACGGCCACAACUCCGAUCGGCGGCCUCAACAAUGGAGGUGCGGAACAUGGCCCCCUAGCACUUAAUGUCCCCCACCUCCCCUGGGACAAGGUAGAAGUUCUGCCGGAGGGUGGUGGUGGCUCUAAGGAAGAAGCUGUCUCUAAGCCUGUUAUUUCUCGUUUUGUGGGACCUGUAGAGUCUGCUGGAGGGCAGCAGGUCAAAGAGGUAGUGCCUGGGGCUCAGCUCUUAGACGUGAUGGAGAGUGUAUUGAAGACCGCUAUGUAUAAGGUCACACAACUGGUAGAACACGGCUUUUUAGAAGAAGUGAAACGCAGGAACCAGGAGUUGGAGACCCUGAGAAUGAAGUUGGAAUACGCUGAGAUCAGAUUAAAGGAUCAUGGUGAGAUUGAAAGAAAAGCAGAUGGCGCGUUUGUUGAUAUUGAAAGUGAUGACGAUGGCAACACUUCAGAAGAAAGGCUUGUGGAACUGCACAGUGAUGAAGAAUCUGAUUCACGCAGUGAAAAUAUGAGGCUGGAGGCAUAUGCAGGUGAUGACCAGGAAACCACCAAAAACGAAGUGCUAUCUAAGAAUGGCAUACAGACGGACCUGCAGAUAUCAAAUGUUUGCAACAUUCCUGAACGGCUGGACACCACAGACACAACUAUAGAUCUGCUGGUGAAACCACACACUGGCCGGACAGCCAUCACAUCUCCUCAUCACAGAGUUGGAUCUGACAGGGAGUGUGAUAGAGCCAAACCCAAUUGUCCAAAUCAGCUGGUAGACUCUAUUAUAGAAGAUGGAAGGAGCAGAGAUCAGAUUUGUCCCUCGAAAUCCUCCGCUAUACAAAGGCUCCAAAAUCCCGACUCACUUAGUGUUCCAAUUAAGCAGGAAGUUUUCAUGACCUCAGAUGAUUGUGUUGAGAACCAGCAAGUGAACAAGAAGCCUUCAACAAACUUCACCAAACUGAGCAACCUCAAAGCCCACUGUAGAGUCCAUACUGGAGAACGACCGUACUGCUGCUUGGCUUGCGGUAAAAGGUUCACGCAGAAAUGUAACCUGAAACGGCAUCAGAGGAUACAUGUUGACUAA